AUGUCUUACCCAUACCCUACGCAUCUGCUUCCCCUUAGUUCCGAUAUGGACGUUCCUCGUUCUGGCUUUGCGCCCAACUUUGGCGCAUCAGGCUCGGGCCAAGCAUCGAUGGACCACGGAGCCCAUGAUCCAACAGACCAGGAGCGUAGAGAUUCCAUCUUACAGGCGAGUCGUCGAAAAUCGAAACGCUCCUUGAACAAGCCUAAUAUCAGACUGCGGCAGGCCAAUAUAUCUGAUUCCAGUCAGUCUGGCCAAGCUGGGGACAAGAAGAGAAACAAGUUGGGCUAUCAUCGGACCUCGGUAGCUUGUGGGCAUUGCCGCAGGCGGAAAAUUCGGUGCAUAAUGUCAGAGGUACAAGGCGAUGGCCGAUGUAGAAACUGCAUCAGGUUGAAGAAAGAGUGCAGCUUCUUCCCCGUAGACCAGGCCCCGUCUCAAACCACUGAACCAAGACCCAAACCGCAACCGACACCUGCCGGAGGAUCAAAGACCGCUUCCGCAUCGUCUUCUCCCGUGGUACUUCCUGGAGAAGCCCUAGAAGGAUCCCAACACUAUCAGCACCAUCAAGGAGGAGUUCUGCCCUCGUCACAAAACCUACUGCCGACAACUAUCCAGACUUCUGCGGUUGAAAAUCUUGGCCAGGAGCCCAUAGCAAUAGUGCCUGCUUCGAGCACUUCGACUUCUUCCCAGCGUUACGAUUUUGCGAACCCCCAAAUCACGAACUGGGUAUCACCAGAUGUUAGUUCCAACUAUGCAACACAGUCAGGCGACUAUAAGGAAACGAAGAAGUCUUACGCUGAACAGUCCCCAAUUACUCCGUCUCCGUCAUUCUCGCCGUAUACGUCUCAAGCCCUAUCGUCAGCUAGCUGGAGCAACGCAGAUGCCAACGCUCACAGCAACAUGGGAUAUUCAUCAUUUGCAAUGGGGAACUCUAUGGCAUACCCAAGAGGCACGCAAAUACCUUCACAAUAUCCCACGAUGCCACAGCAGAGCCGGCAGUUUCCGAGAAGGUCUUCGACGCCGAUGACGACUGACAUGUACACCCCAAUUGCGACAAACUUCCCAAUUAUGGACCCGCACACUGUUUCCAUGUCUGCAGGUGCGAAUCCGCCUUCCGGUUACGGUGCUUGGCCACAGCAGCAGCAACAGCAGCAACCCCCUUACGGCUAUUCUAGGCCAUCCGAGGGAUACGAUAAUUGGACGGCUUAUGAUAAUAGUAGCGGAAGCUAG